UUUUGUUCCUUUUUUUUUCUUUUUUCUGGGUUGUUCCUUCACCCCCAAACCCACCCUUUUCUCUUCCUCAUUGGACGAAGCCAAUCGACCCACAGCUUCGUCUAGGGAAAGAAAAGGACACCCAUAAUCCCCCUUGAAAACCCAUUUCGGACAACAUUUGAUUGACAAAAAACCAAACAAAAACCAUCCAAAAUGAAUGAUUUAUUCUCCAAUUCCUUCAAAAAAUACACUGAUCUGAAGGAACAGGCGUUUCUGGACAGCAUGGAGCCUGGGAAUGAGAGUGUGAAUUUGGACAAAUUCUUUGAGGAGGUUGAGAAUGUUAAGGAUGACAUGAAACAGGUGGAGAGUUUGUACAAGAAAUUGCAGCAGGACAAUGAGGAGUGUAAGAUUGUACAUAAUGCUAAGACUAUGAAGGAGCUGAGGUCUAGAAUGGAGGGCGAUGUGGGUCUGGUUUUAAAGCGUGUUAAAAUGAUCAAAGGGAAGCUUGAGGCUCUUGAGCGUUCUAAUGCUGCUCAUCGGAACCUCCCUGGCUGUGGCCCUGGCUCCUCUGCUGAUCGUACCAGAACCUCUGUUGUUAGCGGCUUGGGAAAGAAGCUUAAGGAUGUUAUGGAUGAUUUUCAAGGGCUUAGAGCUCGAAUGAACGCCGAGUACAAAGAAACCGUCGAGCGCAGGUACUUCACAGUGACAGGGCAGAAGGCAGACGAAGAGACAAUAGAGAAUUUGAUAUCAAGUGGGGAAAGCGAGAGCUUCCUUCAGAAAGCAAUUCAAGAACAGGGUAGAGGUCAAAUAAUGGAUACCAUUUCAGAGAUUCAAGAACGACACGACGCAGUGAAGGAGAUCGAGAAGAAUCUGCUUGAGCUACAUCAGAUAUUCUUGGACAUGGCAGCACUGGUGGAGGCCCAGGGACACCAGCUGAAUGACAUCGAAAGCCAUGUGGCUCAUGCCAACUCCUUUGUUAGAAGAGGAACAGAGCAACUCCAAGAAGCUCGGGAGUAUCAGAAAAGCUCAAGGAAAUGGACUUGCUAUGCCGUCAUAUUGGGUAUCGUUCUACUCAUCAUUCUUCUGCUACCAAUAUUGAAUGUCAUUUUGCCUCAUUUGUUGUAGAAACAUUUGUUUGGUUGGUCGGUCGGUCGGUCGGUCGGUCGGUUGGUUGGUGUGAGUGAAAGAGGCGUUUUCUGAGGAUGGUUUGGUUGGGGGUUUGGUACAUAGCUGUAAAUGUGUUCAUAUAGAAAUUUUCUUGCAAUUGGAUCCUCAGCUUUGGAUUUGGAUGUCUUCUUAGUUGCUGGAAACAUGAAUGUACAGCCAAA